UGUGAAAUGCAUGGGGCUGGUACGGAGAUGUUGUCCCACCCUCUCUGAAACACGGAACUAUUAGCGCAGUACUCCAUCACUGCAGACACACUGAGCAAAGACGUACUCUGAAUCGGUGAAGACGUUAUUACUUUGGACUGAGUGGUGUUUUUAUCGCUGCUUAUGAUGUUCCACUUGCGGGCAUUGUCCGCAGUUUCAGUGGGGCUCGCGCAGCUGUCCCGGCGUUAUCACAGCGGGGCAGUGCGAGAGUCUGGCCGGAGAAGGCUGAUGCUGGCAGCCCUAGCUGGGGUAACCGGUGUGUCUGCUAGUGCUGGACUGCUGUGGAAGAGAGCAUAUGCAGAUGCUGGGUCUUCUGUUCGACACUCUGAGCAAGUAAGUGGAGAGGAACCGGAUUUUGGGAGACACCCAGACUCCGAAACGGAGUCAGAGAAAUCGGUGGAGGCCAGCAGUGGAGAUGAGGAUGAAAAAGACGAAGGUGGAGAGGGGAAAAAAAAGAAGCAACGCUCUGGAUUCCGUGACCGCAAGGUGAUGGAGUAUGAGAACAGGAUACGAGCCUACUCAACUCCAGACAAGAUUUUCCGCUACUUUGCCACUCUGAAGGUCAUCAAUGAGCAUGGAGAUGCUGAGGUUUACAUGACGCCUCAGGACUUCAUACGCUCCAUCACACCUAAUGAGAAGCAGCCUGAGAAUCUAGGCCUCGACCAGUUCAUCGUGAAGCGGUAUGAUGGCAAGGACUUCUGGCAGACGGAGAAGAUUGCCCAGGAGAGGGAGAAGUUUGCAGAUGAGGACAGCAUAUUUUUCACACUGGGGGAAUGUGGCCUUAUCUCCUUCUCUGACUACAUCUUUCUCACCACUGUGCUGUCAACUCCCCAGAGGAACUUUGAGAUCGCUUUCAAGAUGUUUGAUCUGAACGGCGAUGGAGAGGUGGACCUGGAGGAGUUUGAACAGGUCCAGAGCAUCAUUCGUUCCCAGACCAGCAUGGGUAUGCGACACCGCGAUCGCUCUACCACAGGAAAUACCCUGAAGACAGGUGGCUGCAGCUCUGCUCUCACCACAUACUUCUUUGGAGGGGAUCUGAAGGGCAAACUCACCAUUGGCAGUUUCCUGGAGUUUCAAAGGAAACUGCAGCACGACGUGCUCAAACUAGAGUUUGAGAGGAACGAUCCUGUGGACGGCAGAAUCACUGAGAGGCAGUUCGGGGGUAUGCUGCUGGCCUACAGCGGCGUCCAGUCUCGUAAACUCAAGCAGAUGCAGAAGGGGUUGAAGAAAAUGUUUAAGGAUGCACAGGGCAUCACAUUUGAGGAGGUGGAGAACUUCUUUACUUUCUUGAAGAACGUAAAUGACGUGGACACAGCUCUGAGUUUCUAUCAUAUGGCUGGAGCCUCCAUAGAUAAAGUCACCAUGAAGCAGGUGGCACGCACCGUAGCAAAAGUGGAGCUGUCGGAUCACGUCUGCGACGUGGUGUUCGCGCUCUUUGAUUGUGAUGGGAAUGGGGAGCUUAGUAAUAAGGAGUUCAUAGCCAUCAUGAAGCAGCGGCUCAUGCGUGGGCUGGAGAAACCCAAAGACAUGGGCUUCACUCGGCUUGUGCGUGCCAUGUGGAAGUGUGCCCAGGAUACCGCCUGGGAUUUUGCCACACCGAAGACAUAAUGUCACAGGAGACCAGUUGCAAUUGAGAGCGGAAGACAGCAGGUGUAUAGGGCAACAUUACCAAUAUCAUCAAAGGCAGUCUUGCUUGGACGGGUUUUAAGAAGUUUAAUAGACAAUUAAGACUGCAGCUCAUCAUCAAUCAUUAACGCAUGUUGCUGUAGUUCCAGCUAUCAGUAUUGUGGCUGAAGCAUCCUGACGCAGUGCACUGUGUCCUGAAAGGCUUCUCUAGUGUGCCUGCCUGAGGCAUCAUGGGUAUUUGUAUGUUUGAAAAUAUACAAAGUUUGUAUGUUUGAUUUUUUUUUUCAUGUUUUAUAAAGGAAUGCAGAACGGUGCAUCUGUUUGUCAAAUGCUAAAAACACCACUUUGCUCUUCUGUAUUUAAUGCAUUUUACAGCAAAAGGGCAAGACUAAAAGAUGAAUCAAUCUAGUUUGACCUUCAGCUCUAUAAAGGCUGCAGUAUAUCUGUUCUACGCUGUUAACAUAGCCUGGAUAUUUCUUUGGUGGGACAAAGCAGAAGUCUGUAAUGUCGUUAGCACCUCUUCACUCAGUCUGCAUCUUUAUUCCUAUAAUGUCCCAUAAAAGAUUAAGUAUGCCGUCUUACCCUGUGUUCUUAGCAUUAUUAUUCCCCAUGGAAACACUUUAUAUACGACAGAUGUUAAAAGAAGAACUCUAUUAAAGAUGCUACAAUAAUGUAA